AUGGCAAUUGCGUCUCUUCUCUUCUUCUAUCUUUCCCUGCGCGGAUUCGUCCAAGUCAUCAGCGGGCAGCGGCAAGGGGGGCAACCCGAGCCGGCGCACGCCGCGGGCCCCUGGCGUCACCGCAUCCAGUGGGAGAACAACGGCCAGAUCCACAGUCUCGUCAGCACCGGUUCCGAGUUCCAGGCUCCGGCGCGCGUCUACGUCAGCAGCCGGACCAGGGGGAGGGGCCAAGCCGGCGCCCCCCGAGCGCCACCGUCGCGGAGGGCGACGUUCGCGUGGGCCGACGGGCUCACCGUGGACGGCUCGGUGCCGCACGGACUCCGGGAAGAUGCGACCGCCGGCAGGCGCCCGGCAGAGGGGGAGCCGGGCCACCCCUCGCCGUUCCUACCGCUGGAAGAGAACCCCGCGGACCGAGCGGACGACAUGUUUAACGACGACUCGCUGCAGUCGCCCCACGGGAAUUCGGUGCUGUACAACAUGUACCCGCCCGGGUCGCGAUCUGGAGCCCGCGGGCGACCACCUCCGGACGCGGGACACGGGACGAGAUUCUUCCAAAACGGGCUUCCCGACCUUGUGCCAGACCCGUACGCCGUCCAAGCGGGCGCGUACAUCCAGCGCAUGCAGAUGUUUGCGUUGCGUUGUGCAGCCGAGGAGGACUGUCUGGCCAGGUCGGCCUACGGACCGUCGGUGCGAGACAUCGACUUCCGGGUGCUCCUCCGCUUCCCGCAGAAAGUGAAGAACCAGGGCACGGCCGACUUCCUUCCCGUCAAGCCCAGGCACCAGUGGGACUGGCACAGCUGUCACCAGCACUACCACAGCAUGGAGGCCUUCAGCAACUACGACCUUCUGGACGCCGCCAGCGGCCGCAAGGUGGCUGAGGGUCACAAGGCCAGCUUCUGCCUGGAGGACACGGCGUGCGACGCCGGAUUCCGCCGGCGCUACGCCUGCACAGCCCACACGCAGGGACUGAGCCCGGGCUGUCACGACCUUUACGCCGCCAACAUCGACUGCCAGUGGAUCGACAUCACCGACGUUAAGCCGGGAAACUACGUUCUGAAGAUCACCGUCAAUCCCAAUUUCCACGUACUCGAGUCGGACUUCAGCAACAACAUUGUGCGGUGCGACGUCACGUACACGGGCGUUUACGUUCAGACGCGCAGUUGUCGGCUAACGAGGUCCUGAAAGCGAUUCGCGUGCGUCCGACGCGAGUGUCAAGGUUUAUUCACGUUUUUUUUUACUCCAAUUUUUGGGGACUGAAAAUUCAUGAAAUUUCAACAGCAAUUCGUGACAUGGGAUUUUUCUAUUUUUUUU